ACUAGUGGUGCAGUCCAAUCAACAUUUAAGCCUGCUGAACCCUGGUCCCCAUCUUUUGUCUGGCAACUCCAAAGCAGGUCAGAAUGAAGGCUCUGCUCAUCUACCUUGGGUUCCUUCUGUUGAGCAGCUCGGUCCAGUCUGGGAAAGCAGCUUUGCCUGAAGAUUGCUCAGAGAUUCAGAGACAGUCGCCCCAAGCGUCCAGCGGAGUUUAUGAGAUCCAGCCAGCUGGAGGCAACGCCCACUUCAAGGUGUACUGUGAGAUACGUCCAGAUGGUGGAUGGAUAGUGUUUCAGAGACGGAGUGGACCGGUGGUAUCCUUUGCCGAGAAGUGGGACUCUUACAAAGAUGGCUUUGGAUCUCUGGCACAUGACCAUUGGCUUGGUCUGGAGAGAGUCCAUCUUCUAACUAUAGACAAACAUAAAAAGUGGACUUUGAGGGUGGACCUGUGGGACCAUGAAGGCGGCACAGCAUAUGCCGAGUACAGUGACUUCAGAAUUGGAAAGGAGUCUACAGCUUUUAAGCUGCAUGUUGGGAGAUACAGCGGAAAUGCAGGCAAUGCCAUCCUUGGGACUUAUCCGGACAUCGACCAAAAUGGCUUUGGCUUCAGCACCAUCGACCGUGACAACGACGGCUGCUCCCCAUGUAUAUUUGAUGACAUCAUUAACGAGGAGUGUGCCUUUACAGAAGGUGGCGGCUGGUGGUACAGCAGCUGCGGUUCUGCCAGUCUGAACGGUAAAUGGCGUUCUACCGGGGAUCACAUUGGCUGGGCUUCGGGUCUCCACUGGCUCACGUGGAAACCUCUUGCGCCGUAUUCAGCAAAGGCCACCAGAAUGAUGAUCAAAUCCAAUUGAUUCUGCUUUUUAUUUUGGAUUUACGUUUUUAAUUUGGCUAAUUAUGGAUGUCAUGGGUCUUUGAAGAGAAAGUUCAACCAUGCAAGUUUUCAAUUAAAAAAUAAAACUGAAAAUAAAGGUUUUUAUGUGUGGAA